ACGCGGUGCCUGAGGUGUGGGGACGGCUCCUCCCUCCCGCUCCGCUCCCGCUCCUUCCCCGCAGCGCGGCCAUGGCGGAGGGGGCGGUGGCGGAGGCCGCGUCCGCAGAGGAGUUCCAGCGGCUCCUGCAGCAGCGGAAGGACGGGUCCCUUGUAGUUGUCCACUUCUGGGCACCAUGGGCUCCUCAGUGUGCUCAGAUGAAUGAUGUUAUAGCAGCACUAGCAAAGGAACACCUGCAGGUUACGUUUGUGAAGCUGGAAGCUGAAGCUCUGCCUGAAGUCUCUGAAAAAUAUGAAAUUACUUCUGUUCCAACAUUCUUAUUCUUUAAGAAUUCUCAGAAAAUUGACAGAUUAGAUGGUGCCCACGCCCCAGAGCUGACCAAAAAGGUGCAGCGCCACGGGUCUGGCAGCUCGGUGCCUGCUGUCCCCAGCGGUGGUGCCAAGGAACAGCUGAACGUGCGGCUCAGGAAGCUCAUCACUGCUGCCCCCUGCAUGCUCUUCAUGAAAGGCUCUCCCAAAGAACCUCGCUGUGGUUUCAGCAAGCAGAUGGUGGAGAUCCUGAACAAACAUGGUGUUUCAUUUAGCAGUUUUGAUAUUUUCUCUGAUGAAGAAGUUCGUCAGGGGCUGAAAACAUACUCUAACUGGCCAACCUACCCACAGCUCUACGUAGCUGGAGAGCUGAUAGGUGGACUUGAUAUUGUCAAGGAGCUAGAGGCAUCUGGAGAACUGGACACAAUCUGUCCAAAGGCACAGAAGUUGGAGGACAGGCUUAAAGGCUUGAUAAACAAAGCUCCUGUGAUGCUCUUUAUGAAGGGAAGCAAAGAGAUGGCAAGAUGUGGAUUCAGCAAGCAAAUUAUAGAAAUCAUAAAUAGUACAGGGGUUGAUUAUGAGACGUUUGACAUACUGGAGGAUGAAGAGGUACGACAAGGAUUAAAAACCUUCUCCAACUGGCCAACAUAUCCCCAGUUGUAUGUGAAGGGUGAGCUCGUCGGGGGGCUGGAUAUUGUUAAGGAACUGAAGGAAAGUGGUGAAUUGUUGCCUGUUCUGAAGGGAGAAAAUUAAUGGCAAAGGGCCUCCUGGGGAACUGAAAGCCUUGGGACAGUUCCUUGUUUCUAGGUGACACUGGAGCAAUAGACAACUUACCCAUGAAAGCAAUCAGGAGUAAACACAGGCACCUUGUGUACUCUCUGUAUUUCACCAGACACAUGCUACACAUGGAAAUGUGUUUCCACUGAAGAUACCAUAAUGUCAAGAUCUUCAAAUUCAAUUAAAAAAUAAUGCUAAAGAACUC